UAAAAAAAUGCUAAUAUUUUUGAUAGGUCUUGUUCGAUCUCAGUCUGCUUCAUCUGCUGGGAUGAAUGAGGUACAAAUUAGUUUUUUUAGGAUUCCAAACUUAUUUAUGAAACAUAUUAUGCAUAACUAUUACCAUAUUACAUAGUUGAUAUGUAGUUUCCAGAUUAUUUUCAAAUAUCUAUGAAAAUAAGUGGAUGUGAAAAAUGCGAUUCACCUUAUAUUGAAGGAGGACCUGAUAUGAUAAUUGAAUUAAAUUAUACAUUAUAUAUUGUAAAAUGUGAUCAAAUUUGGGAAUUACAUGGAAUUUGUGGUACUUAUUUAGAAGUUCAUAAGUAUAUUAUUUUUAUAUUAUUUUAAAGACCAUUGAAUAAAGAUAUAAUAUAUGAGUAACAAAUAAAAGGUAAAGGAACUCUAAGAACAUAAAUGUUAACUAAAUAAUUAUAAAGUGGACGAUAUGAAAUAUGGGUUGUUGUACGUAGUAAAAUUGGAUCUGUUAUUCAAUAUGUGAAAUCAUUUUACAUAACUAUUGUCAAUUAAUGA